CCGACCAAGAGCUAGCUGUUGCAUCAUGAUGAUGUCUGACCGUCAAAGGGGCUUUAUCUUGGAACGAUUCGCCUUUGUAAGAUGAUUGGACAAUUCCAGAAGCUCCAUUGCAAUGUGCCAUGUGAUAGCUUGAAGGUGUGGCCACGUGCUUGGUGCUGGCGGAUCUCGACUUGGGAAGAAGCACUUCAAAGACUUACCUGUAUGGAGAAAUUCGGAUUCAGCUAUUUGGUAUAUCGAUCAACUUACCUAGCCUCCCUUCCUUGUUCUUCCGAGGAAAUCAUCACUAAGCCACCAACAAACAAUGGCGUUCACCCAAUUCGUCCGUCUCCCUCCAGAACUCCAAGACAUAGUCUGGGACCACGCAGCCGCCCUCUCCCCAUGUCUUCACUUCCUCCAGAAGCUCCCAGACACCAGCUGGGUGGACUGGGACAUGCAACUCAUUCCGGACCGACACCAAUCCGCAGACCUGAACCUGCGAAAUCUUUCACUUGCCUGCCAGGACGCUCGCUCGGCCGUGAUCCGACACGUCCGGGCCAUGGAGCGCAAGAUACUUGUGCCCAUGCCAAGAUAUGGUAGCCCGCCUGCGUCCAUGACCAACUUGACCCUCGACCUGACCACCGAUCUCAUCUGCUUCGGAGGAGCGGAUGCCGGACCAAAGGAAACCAUGGCGGCGGUGGACUGGGCCGAUUUCGAACACAUUGUGUUUACGGGCGCCCGGCGGUUCGCGGUGAGGUACUUCCGAUCUGGAUGGAACGAGUGGGGGAAUUCGACCGAGGACGACCCCAACGGCGACGAAGGGGUUGGGUUGAGCCUGGAGGAAUUGCAGGCCAUGUGGAGGCAUGAGUGUAUGCACUGGACACAUGUCGGGGUUGCGGGGGGGCCGGGGCCUGACGGGCCUGACGGCGACGGGGAAGGGAGGAUGGAUCUAGAGAUCCACUAUCCCGAUGCCGACCCGCCCUUUUGCGCCAGAUGUGUGGCCAAUGUGAUGAGAAGGUUUGAGAGGCUGGAGGAAUUUUGGCUUAUUGUUGAUCCGGACUGCUUGAACAUGUUGGGUCAUGAAGAAGUGAUGUGUGAGGAGGGCAAAGGGACUGAGGAGACGGACGAGACAGAGAUGUCGGCCACUGGACCAACAAAGCACCGGGCCUUCCACUCGUACAGCCGAACGUAUUUCAGCCUGGAUGAUCAUGAGGUGAGAAGUGAGCUGAGAGGGCCUAUGAGGGCGUUGCAGGCCAUCAGAGACAACCUGGUUCGUCUCCUAUUUCAAGAUGAUGUGAAGAAUAGGUAAGCAGCUAACAUUCUCCAAGGAAGUAGCAUCGAUGCUGUCCGCUUCUAGGCCGGAGUGGAUGAACCAUGUUCGGUAUGGACUGUUGUCGUGGCGAGAUGACCGGAAGACAAAGUGACGAGGAACACCUCCAUGGUGCCGGUACUGGCCUCGUGCUGAGAUGUCCGGACGAUGUCAUGUCAUUGUGAGAAGAAGUUGUCGUCACGGUGCAUUGCAGCGCAUCUCGGCGUAUCUGAGCCCCGGUGGAAGUGCGGGACGGACCUCCGAAACUGCUUGAAUCAAUCGAUAAUCCAUGACUAAAAUCGGGAAUCAGAUUUGCUGAGGGCAUCGUGACAUCUGUCGGCGACGAGGAGAUGGAGGAGAUGGAAGAGUUCAGGCGAGAGAUGGGGAGGAGUCCGGGAGAGAAAAGUGCCGACGUCUCGGGAGCGUCUCAACCCUGGUUUGAUGUCAUCGAAAGCGGGCUAGUGAGGCGCUAACAGUGGCUGACAGGGCU